AUGUCCUCCUUUGGUGAGAUCCGAAAAUCGUUGUCUCUUUCAAUGAAAGGAAAAGAAAAUCCAUUGCAUUUGAAUGGCACAGAGGAGUCUUCUUCUCUGAGCAGUAACGGAAACGAUUUCUGCCCGUCACAUUCACCGACCCAGAAGAGGCUUUCGCUCUCCGGGAAUGAAAGGGGAAAAAAGGAUAGGGUCAGCAUGUCGAUGAAAAGGUUUCGCAAGUCAUUCAGUGCCGGCAUAAAGCUAAACUACAAUAAGAGAGAUGAGAGCAAUAUUGACGAAAUCAAAACCAGCAGCCGUCCUCAAAAGAAAGUGCUAGAUGUGCGAAGACAAUCCUUGCUAGAGCGACAGGAUCAGUUGAUUUCAGAGGUAUUACCAGAAGUCAAGGAGAAGAGACGCAGCAAGAAGAAAUCAAGGGCGUCCUUGUUGGAUGACGGAGACAGCCCAGUGGACUAUGAUACAGGGCCAUCCGAACUGUCAAGUUCAAAAACUAAGAAAAAAAAGACCAGAAAGUCAUCCUUGCAAGUUGUUCAUGAUGAAUAUGGCGAAAAUGAACAUCAAUCAGAUGAACCAGAUGAAGGAAAAAGAACAGAAACGAAGCAGAAAAAGAAGAGAAAAUCGGCCUUGACCGUCUCUCAUGAGCAGUACAGCGAAAGCGCGCAUGAACCAGAUAUGCGGGAGGUGGCUACUAUUGAAUCCAAGAAGAGAACGAAAAAGUCGAAACGGAAAUCUUCCCUGCGGGUCGCCGAAGGAUUGGAGGAUGUGGAAAAACUUGAUGACCAAGUGGAGCAGGCCAGUGGAGAAAAAGCAAGCAAGACGAAGAAGAAGAAGGAGCGGUCAUCCAAAGUCUCUCACGAUGCUGCUGCGGCAGUAUUAGAUUCGAGCCCAAAGAAGGGAAAGAACAAACUGAAAAAGAAGAAAAAAAAGAGGAAGUCUGACUUCACCUCAUCACUUCUCGAUGAUCUUGAGCUCGAGCUUGGUGGUACUAGUGAAGAAGAUGGUGCAAGUAUGAAGGCAAAAAGUCAAGACGAACAAACUACCGAUUCCAGCGAUAGUGCUCCCGAGAUGAAGCACGACAUGGACGACGCUAGUGGUCCGAUGGAGAAAUCAUUCAAAAGCGAUGAACUGAUACCAACGCUGAUUGAAGAGGAACCAAAUGAACCAGAGGCACAAAGUCCUUACAAGAAACGCAAUACUAAUGGCGUCGAAGCUGAAACUACUAGGGAGAUUGUCGAAAAUGCUAGUGGAACCAUGGCUGCUGUAACCAAUGAGGAAGAAGACGAAGAAGAGCACGGCCAGACCACAAAAGAGGGAGGACCAAAUCUACCGGAAGGAGAAAGUUACCAGGAAGAAGCGGAGAAUGGAGCUGAAGAGUUGGAGGAAAAAAGAGAAGCAUCAUUUGAAGAUGAGAAAUCCAAUUCCGCAAUAGAAAAGCAAUUCUUCAUUCGAAGCUCAAGUCUAUUAAAUGAGACAAACGCACACGCAUUGUCUCUUAUCUAUGGAACAUCUGAGUCUGAGUCUGAUGAUUUUGAUGACGAUGACGAUACUACCAAUACAGACAAAAACAUAAAUCCAUGCACAGUGGAGUCGAAAGUUGAAGACGCAGAGGUUGAAAAUGAUGGAAACAUGAGAGCAGCUUCAGAUCCAUCAGACAGUCAAGCCAUCAAUGGAAGUCGCGAUCAUGCUGCAUCGGAAUUAGCAACCAGUUUGGUUGGUUCGUCAGCAGUCAAUGAAGUGGCAAAUGAUAGUGACAGUGAGUUUUGUGAUGAAGAGCAAGAGGAAUUUCAAGUCCUUAUUGGCACAACAGUGGAGGAACUUGGAAGUGAUCGCGAUCGUGGUGAUGUGCAUGAGGUACAAGAACACAUUCAAGUUGACCAUGUUUCGGCAGUUGGAGAGCUUGGUGGCGAUAGUGGAAGUGAGUUUUUCGCUUCAGACUCAGAUCAAGAAGCCAAGGCUGAAAUCGAAGAAACUGUGGAAGAGAGCUCUUUGCAAGAGAAUGUCAACGAUGACAUUCAACCGGCUACGGAGGACGUUUUGUGUAGCACCGAUGAUAGUGUUGCUUCAGACACAAUCAUCAUUUAUGACGAAGACCAAUCUGCAAUCUUGCGACAAGAAGUGGAACAAUUGCACGAGCAACUUGAACAACAAAAGCUAAAGACCAAACGGCUGAAAAAAUCAGUUGCGGAACACAAGUCCAACUCAAUCGAGCAAAUCGAGCAAAUCGCCGUGUACAAGGGAAUGUUUGAGGAUCUGCAAGAAGAUUUUGAUAUGCUAUUGGGCAAGUACAAUGAUCAAGUCGAACAUAAUGCAGUACUUUUGGGUCUCGUCGGGAAAAUGAAGCAUGUGGCGCUUCAGGACGAGAGGGCACUGCAUGAGAAAACGGAUCGCAUCCAAGUAUUGGAGGAACAACUGUCAAUACUGCAAAAGGCACAGAAAAGCCAAAUACUUUCAGCACUAGAGGCUGAGAACGAAAGGCUUCGGGGAAUGAUAAACCUACAAAAGCAGAGCCUGUUUGAAAGCUCACUUCGGAUGGCAAAAUGA